AGGUUGAAAUAUUCAUUAGGCCGAUAAUUCUCCGACUUCUGGAAAUACAGAUGUGUAUUUGAUAAAACAAUGGAGUCGUCUCAACUUCCCUUGGGCAUUGUUUUAUUCGCGGUCCUAUUUUCCAUAGAGGGCGCUGCGGGUUAUCCCUCGAAUCUUGCCGAUUACCCCAUCACACCACUGGGCAUCGUUUCCCCAACUCCAAAUUCUUGUUACACUGCUGAUACUGCAACAUUCUCUCAUAUGGAAGUCACCGGCUGCACAGAACAACCCUGUUCCAUUAAUUCUUCAUACACUUAUGAAAUUGCAGCUUGGAUUACACCAGGACAUUCUACAAAUUCCAUGCAAUAUCGUAUUACUUUUGAUGCUGGAACUGCAGAACACAGCUUUGGUACCCUUUCCCUUACAAAGGCCUAUUAUGCCGGCUCCCUAUACAGAAUCAGCAGAGAGGUUGAGUUCCCUUAUUCUCUGAAUGGGAAAACUGGUGAGGUGCGAGUGCUUCUUUUUGAAUGGUCGGGCUUGUAUCACGCCAGUCGAUGUUUUCAAGUUACGGUGAACGGCCCUUAGGAAGAAUAAAUAAAUGUUAUUUAAAAUGAAUGACAAA